CUCCGGUGGGUGAGUCAUUUUUGUGGCUGAGAGGAUGGCUGCCUGUGGUGCAGAGGGGCGCCACCAGCUGCCUCUGCAGGAGCAGCAGCCAAGGCUGUCCCAUGGGGAGAACCUGUGGGGUGUGGCAGCAUUCCCCGAGGACAAGGGAUGUGGGUCCAAGGCGUCCCUGUGGUGAACAGCUCGGAUUCGGUGUCAGCGGUUCCAGUGCACAUCCUGCCAAGUUCGUGGGAGGAAUUGCCACCCGUUCCUCAGUGGAGACACUGCAAGGACCGGAGAAACAGCAACGGCCAAAGGAAGGUACCUCGAGGAAAAAGCUUGUUGUUUCCUAAAUACAACGGAGAGGAUGGAGCAGCCAGCGCCCGCAAAUCCUGCAGCACAAUCGGCAACUAUAACUGAUGAUGCAACUGAGAGGAUGAAAAAGUGCGGAACUGAUGGAGCAUCCGGAAAGGAUUCAGCAGCAGCAAAAGAAACUCGUGCAUCUACUUUUCAGGACAUGGUUACCUUCUUAAAAUCUCCAACGGGUGAAAGAUUUAUCAUACUUGAGAUGUUCAUCCUUAUUGCCAUGACACUGCUGCUUUUCCUUCUAUAUCAGAAGGAAUUGAAAAAAAGAGCUGAUUUUCAAGUGGGAUUGGGAAUGAUUCGAACCUUUGUUGUUGGGAUUGAUUCAACCUAUAAGGACAAGGAUGACUUCCAAAUACUCGCUGUAGUUCAAAACUUAUCAGAGGAAGUGCGGCAUCUUGCCAUCAAAAAUGAUAAACUGCAAAAGGAAAUUGACAUCAUCUCUAAAAAUGUGGAUGAUGGUUGGGUUUUAUUUCCAACGGCAUACUAUUGGUUUUCUCAUGGGGUACAAUCAUGGAUGAAUUCCCAAAAAGUGUGUGAGAAGGAAGGCGCCAAGCUCAUUUCUAUAGAAACAGCAGCAGAACAGCAAUUUGUGAUAAAUGAAGUAAAAAUCAGAAGAAAGCUUUUUUGGAUUGGACUCUUUAAAGACAACAAAGCGAAAUGGAAAUGGCUGUCAGGCACAAUACCUAGAGCCCACUUCUGGAAAUGGGGUGAGCCAAAUAGAGCCGCGAAAUACGACUGUGGUGUAAUGGCCUUUAAUUGCCGCGGAAGUUGCUGGGCAGCAUUAAACUGUGAGCAAACAAUACAGUAUAUUUGCAAGAAGGUGCCAAAUGAUGCUUGGCUCUAAGAAGACACUUUCAAGAUGAACAAAACUGGAUCUCAUGAUCACUACACAAAACCAAAACCAAGAGAUCACCCCACCCUGCUGUUUUAAUGCACAAUCCACACUCUGCCAUCUAGAUUAUGGGAUUCUUUGGCAUCAGCCCUCAAAAACACCUUGAAAAGACCUUAUUCUGCAAGCUCAAACGUAGAUGGCUACAAAAAUAAAGAAUGGAAGGGUCCAGUCAUA